AGGCCCCGUUACCCAAUGCCUGGAUUAGUUAUCAACCUUAAAUUUUGUUUUGCAUCACUCCACCAACCACAGAUGGACAGUGCUUUCUGGGAAGGAUAAUACCUGACGCUGAAGUUUCCCCUCUAAGGAGAGUGUUGUGAGUAUCGCAGAUAUAUGACAAUUUCCCAUCCAGUCUGUCCCGUGAGAGUAACAGUGAAGAUGAAGCAGCGGCAGAACUGGACGAGCCAAGAGGGCUCGAGGGACGAGAGGGCAGAGCAGCUGGAGAAGCAGCAGCAUCAAUAGCCAAACCUUAGGGAAGAGUGGAGGGAUGUAGCAGAGAGAGGAGCCUUCGCACAGUUACUACGUCUUCAUCUUUUAAAAAAAGACAUUUUGAAAUUAUUAUUAUUAUUAUUAUUAUUAUUAUUAUUAUUAUUAUUAUUAUUAUUUUGGCCUAUUAAUCUGACACAAUGUUUCUUGCUUUAAAACAUUUGACCCUUAGGCCAAAGAAAUGCAUGUAUUAGAGGUAGCAAAGUUAAAAAAUCUGUUCCAUCCAAUAGAAAAACAAAACAAAAGGGCGUCACUGCUCCUUGUUGAGGCCAAUCCAAACCCGUCUCCAUGGCAAAUUCUACCCCUCAAGGAGGAGGCUCGGCUUUUUCCGGUCAGAGUCGGAAUCGGAGCAUCCGACCGUUACGCGCGACGGUCGCAUCAAUCGGGUCCUGGCUUGUGGUCCGAGAUUGUUUACAUUCGAAUCGAGCAAGUGAGAAAGAAAAGUAUCCGUCUGCUGGAAUGGACACCGCGAAUCAGCUCGCAUCUGCGGAGACGUUCCAAGUGCUCAAAUUACCUCUGGGAUUUAUCCGUGUUUUGGAAUGGCUCUUUGCCAUUUUUGCUUUCGCCACGUGCGGAGGCUACUCUGGGCAGCUGCGGGUUAGCGUGGACUGCAUGGAGAGGGCCAGCAGCAACCUCAGCAUCGGCAUCGACUUUGCUUAUCCUUUCAGGUUGCACCAGGUGUCCUUUGAAGCGCCCAUGUGUGAGGGCACGAGGAGGGAGCUUGUGUUCCUCAUUGGAGACUAUUCAUCCUCCGCAGAGUUCUUCGUCACCAUUGCGGUCUUUGCCUUCCUGUAUUCCCUGAUGGCCACCGUCGUCUACGUCUUCUUCAAGAACAAAUACCACGAAAACAACCGAGGGCCGCUCAUUGACUUUGUGGUGACCGUGGUGUUCUCCUUCAUGUGGCUGGUCAGUUCAUCUGCUUGGGCAAAGGCCCUGUCUGAUGUGAAAGUGGCCACUGACCCAGAUGAGGUGCAGCUCCUCAUCUCUGCCUGCAAAGUCCUGACCAACAGGUGUGGAUCAGUGCAUGGAUCGCACUGGUCUGGGCUCAACACCUCAGUGGCUUUUGGGUUCCUCAACUUUGUCCUAUGGGCUGGAAACAUCUGGUUUGUCUUUAAGGAGACUGGUUGGCACAAGGGCGCGAGGUUGGCCGGCGGGGCGUCCGAGAAACAGGCUGGCACCUUUAACCAGCAGCCCUACAACCAGGGAAGCUUCGACCAGUCAGGGAGCCACGACAUCCAGGGAAACCUCAGCCAGCCGUCUGAGUACAGCCAAGUGGGAGGUCCCACCUCGUACUCCAACCAAAUGUAGCGGUGCCUUUUUCCGUUUCUCGAGUGGCCCUUCUGCAUUUUAAACCAGGGCAAUCGGGGUGGGAGGAGGGGACGAAAGUCGAGUUAAGUUUCAUUCUCUACUCAGUCUAUCUGAGAAGAGAAUGCCUGAUUUAAAAAAAACGAAACUUAAAAGAUAUGGUCAUCCAAAAUGUGUCAAAGGUGUAAGUACACCCACUGUAGAUACAAGUAUUGUUGGGUAUUGUACAAAUGCAUCUGUUACAAUGUUUUUUUCUCCUUCUCUAUUAGAGGUGUUGUUUGCUGAAUGUUGUACUUCAGUUUCUCUCUGUGCUUGCUAAUCGACAUUCACUGUUUAGACUGGAUGUCUUUUUCACACUGGUUUGCACUCUGUGGUGGAAGGGGAAAAGUUCUCUAUGUUUGUAGUAAUCUUCACAUUUUCAAGUGCAUGAUGUUUGUAUGUGUGCUAAAAGGCUCUCUGUGACACUAGUGGGGAAAAUCCCCCCAAGAUUUUCUCUAGAUGUUUACAAAUCCAACACAUCCCUGACUCAUUACUGGAGGUUUAUUUUGAUCAGUGCUGUUACAUUAUUUCAAUACAACAGCUGUAUUUGGAUAAUGGGUUUAAUUUAAUUAUGGGUCUAAUUGAAACAUUCUGACCAUUAUUUAGUGAGAGUUCUCUGUUACAUAAAACACGUCGACACUCAUCUGACAGGGGGCUUCUAAAGCAAUAACAGCGUACUGAAAAAUACACUAUACAGGGUUUGUGCCAAACACGAUCCACAACAGUAUGCAACCAUUGCAUUGUGUUGUUUCUGUAACCAUGUUUUUUUUAAGGUUGUAUCUGCUAUCACAUUGUCCUUCUGUUUCGAAAAGAGGGCUGUCGUCCCCAAGUGUUUACAACUGUUUACAAGUGGCCAUUCUUGCUACAAAUUAGUGUGACUGUUUUCUAUUAUCUCCUCAGAAAAUGAUAAUCUAUACCUCUCUAAAGCAUGUCCAGGGUUUCCAUUUACACUUUUGAAAGCACAUCAAAAAAAGCACAUAAGUACCAUAAUAGAAGAAAAAAAAGCAUCUCAUCUCAUUGUGGGCUCGUCCGAACAUAGCUAAUACUCACUUCAAAAUCACAAUUCAAAUUUGUACAACUUUACAAAAAUAUGUGCUGUUGAUGUAAAAAAUUGUGAUGCUGUUGUGUACAGGCUGUUUACAUUAAUAUGACUUGUGCAACCCUGUUUUUUUGACCUAAGCAUGUGGCUUGCAUCAGUGUAAUAAAGGGGAUUGAACGUCUUUGGGUGUAUAAUAGUCUGACGUCCAUAAUAAAUGUGUAGGGUAGUUAAA